CAGUCGCGCGGACCCGAGCGCUCCUCCGCCGCAGACAGGCCCGCCGGGCCAGGGCGGGCGCGCGCGAAGGCCGAGGGAGAGCCUGGGGAGCCGGGGCCGCCGCCCGCUCGUCGCCGCCGCCGCCACCGCCCAUGGCGAGGCCCCGCCGCCGCCGCCGCUGCUGCUGACCCGGGGGCCGGCCGCGGCUUCCGCCCCCUCCCGCGGCGGCGGGCGGGCGGGCCUCCCCUUCACGCCCCCGCCGCCCGCGCCCCGCGCCCGGGGACGGGGAGGAAGGCGAGAGCAGCAGGAGUCGGGGGGCCACCGAAGAUGGGGAACACUACCUCGUGCUGCGUGUCGUCCAGCCCCAAGCUCCGGAGGAAUGCCCACUCCCGACUGGAGUCCUAUCGGCCCGACACGGACCUGAGCCGUGAGGACACGGGCUGCAACCUGCAGCACAUAAGCGACCGGGAGAACAUCGACGAUUUGAACAUGGAAUUCAAUCCUUCAGACCAUCCUCGGGCCAGCACAAUAUUCCUCAGUAAAUCUCAGACAGACGUGAGAGAAAAACGCAAGAGUCUCUUCAUUAACCAUCAUCCUCCAGGACAAAUAGCGAGGAAAUACAGCUCCUGCUCCACUAUUUUCCUAGAUGAUAGCACAGUCAGUCAACCAAACCUCAAGUAUACAAUUAAAUGUGUAGCUCUCGCAAUAUAUUACCACAUCAAAAACAGGGACCCAGAUGGAAGGAUGCUCUUAGAUAUUUUUGAUGAAAACCUUCACCCUCUUUCGAAAUCCGAAGUGCCACCAGAUUAUGACAAACACAACCCAGAGCAGAAGCAGAUUUACCGGUUUGUUCGGACACUGUUCAGUGCUGCUCAGCUGACGGCUGAAUGUGCCAUUGUCACCCUGGUAUACCUUGAAAGACUUUUAACAUACGCAGAGAUAGACAUCUGUCCGGCCAACUGGAAGCGGAUUGUUCUAGGGGCGAUCCUUUUGGCCUCCAAGGUUUGGGAUGACCAGGCUGUGUGGAAUGUGGAUUACUGCCAGAUCCUGAAAGACAUUACGGUGGAGGACAUGAAUGAGCUAGAACGACAGUUUCUUGAAUUGCUCCAGUUCAACAUCAAUGUUCCUUCCAGUGUUUAUGCCAAGUAUUAUUUUGAUCUUCGUUCUCUGGCAGAAGCAAACAACCUGAGCUUUCCCUUGGAGCCCCUGAGCAGGGAGAGGGCUCAUAAGCUUGAGGCCAUCUCGCGCCUCUGCGAGGACAAGUACAAAGACCUGAGAAGACCCACGAGGAAGCGGUCAGCAAGUGCUGACAAUCUGACUCUGCCGAGGUGGUCCCCGGCCAUCAUCUCCUAACCGUGGGGGUCCCCAUUGGAGGCUGUACCAUCCCUCAGUUUCUCCUUUAGUUUGAGAAAAGAUAGACUUGGGGUGGUUUUGUUUUUGUUUUCCUUUCCUUUUCUUUUUUUAAUUCAUAGCUCUGUCAGGCUGCCUUGAUGACUGCCUCCAGGCUGCGUGGCCCACACGCAGCAAGGCCUCGAGGGAAGUGAAAUCAGUAUUCCGGAAAUCCUGUUUCAUGCCUUUCCCAUCAUCAUUAACAGCACUUCCCUCAUGGAGGAAAAGGACUCUCAUCCUGGAGAAGGAGAAAAAGGGAAAGGGAAGUCGUGUAGAGGCAGGGAAAGGGUUAAAUGGCUCAGCCAUUUCUUAAGUCCCCGUCUGGUCAGUAGAUGAAUAUGAUGAAAAAACACAACAGUAGGUAACAAAGUUGGAUGUGCAUUAAAGACAAGAGUGCUGCGUUUAUCACUUCCAUUUGGAUCAGUAUGUUCUGUAAGACUUCUUGCAUUCCUUCUAGCUGCUUUUUUGGGAUUUGGGGGAUUUUUGUUUGUUUUUAUUCUGUUUUGGUUUUGGUCCCACAGAGCAGAGAAUAUAGUUUGUACCCAUCAUGGCACAGACAUCCAAAUAAAUAGUAUUGGUUGCUUCUCUCUGCACUA